UUUCACUCAUAUUCUGUUCUUUAAUUGUUACCCGAUUAACUACACAACCCUGGCUUAACCUCUUGCUUUCAUCAAAAAAACGGCAAAAAGCACAAAAAAAAGUCUUCUUUAAUUUUCCAGGAAUUGGGAAUAUAUUAAUACAAAAAAAAUGGAAAAAAAAGUCAAACCAAUUGUGCCUGGAAAGGUGAAAUUUAUCUCAAUGUUCGAUAAAAUCGACAAUGAACAAUCGUACAUUUCAAAAUUGAAAUUUAGCAAUUUUAAACUUAACUGGACAAUUGAGAAUUUUGAACUUAUUUGUAAAAGUGUAAAAUUAAUAGAAUCGCCAAGAUUUCCAGCUGAUAAUGCAAAUAAUGUUCAAUGGUUCAUUCAAUUGGAGCCAACGGAAUUAAAAAAUGGUAAUACAGAAAAAUUUCGUAUCUCAUUGAAAAGCACUGAUGGAGGUGAAAAACAUGUGAAUGUAAAAAUUGUAUUUUACAAUUCAUUUGAAAAAGUUGAAGUAUUUGUCAGUAGUUCAUUGCGUUCUGAUCGUAAUCUCUCAUGGCUUAUAAAUGGUUCAGAAUUUUAUCAUUCAUUUGGUGAUUUAAUACCAAAAAAUGUUCUCGUAACAUGUGAAUUAAGUGUUUUUGAUUCUGGUAAAUCAAUACCAAUUAAAAAUGAACUUAUCGAUUUUCCAAAAUCAAAUAAUCUUAUUGAUAAUAUUGAAAAUUUAUAUAAUGAUAAAGAUUUUAAGGAUGUCAUCUUUCGUAUUGGAAGAAAAAAAUAUACAGCGCACAAAAAUAUUCUCACAAGUCGAAGUCCAGUUUUUGCAUUAAUGUUUAAAAAUAAAAAAAAAGAGGAAUUCACAUCGAUUGUUAAAAUUAAUGAUAUUAGACCAACGGUAUUUGAAAAUAUUUUACGUUUCAUUUAUACGGAUAAAAUUCAAAAUUUCAAUAAAAUAUCAUUGGAAUUAUAUAUUGCCGCUGAGAAAUAUCAACUUGAAAAAUUAAAGACAAUUUGCAUUAAUAAUUUCAAUAAAAAUCUUUCGCCUGAAAAUGUUUUGAAAAUAUUACAUUUUGCUGAUAUGAAAUCAAUUACAAAAUUAAAGGACAUUUGUAUUGAACGUUUAAAUACUGAUUUAAAAUCAGUUCAAGCCACUAAGGAAUUUAGUGAAUUUAUACAAAAAUAUCCACAUUUAAUUGAGGAAUUUAAUAAAAUUAUUGAAUCAGUUGAUUCUGAAAUGAUUGUGGAUGAUGAAAAUAAUCAACAAUUGGGAUUAAAAUUUCGUGUUUGAAUUUCUAUGCACUGCUUGGAAUUGGACAAAUAAUUUGUUCAUUUCUUCAUUUUUCAUAAAUACUCGAUAUGACCAAAGAAAAAUUAAAGAAGCCAACGCAAAGUUAAAGUAUAGAAAGGCAGAAUUAAAAAAUCAAGAUCGUUACGUUUCAUUGUUUUGUGUAAAAAAAAAAUGCGUCUUUAUUUAUUACUCAUUGUACUUUUUGUUAAGAAUAUUUCUAAAAUAUUAAGAUUUCUACUUUGUAACGAAAGCAAAAAUAGAGAAAAAAAAAACAAAUGUAAUAAUGUAAAGGACAUUGAAUGUUUUAAAAAUGUAAGUUUUUACUGUAUACAUGUACAUCAAGGAUUUCAAAAAAAAAAAAUUGACAAGAUUUUUGUGUUUAGAUAUUAUUUUAUUUUGUGUAGUUAUGAUUAAGCAAAAAAAAAACAAUGUUUACGUUUGAAAAAAAAAAUGUAUCAUGUAAAACAAAAAAAUUAAAAUAUUGAAGUUUAUGAGUUAA